AUUUACUAGCGGUGGGUAUGAGCGGAUAGAAGAAAGUAAGGACUAAACGGGUAAUUUACGAUAAAAAUUUAUAUAAACUUAACCGCUAAGUCAAGCCAAGGUGAGAAAAGAAAAUUGGUAAUUUUGUUGUUCCUCAAAAGAAGAAAAAAGAGCAAUCCCCAUCAGUCUAUAUAAGCUCCCAAAGACUCUCCCUUUCUCUUUACCUCUCCACCAUGGAAAUCUCAGCCCUCUUCUUCAUCAUCUUCUUCCUCCUCUCACCCAUCUCCAUUAAAGCUCAAACAACAACGACAACUCAUUGCAGCCAUGGCAGCCCAUCAAUCCAUCUCCCUUUCACCUUCAACCUUUCAUGUUCAUCAAACACAACAAGAAUCCACUUCAAAUCCUAUGAUUCUCUAUCAAUCAAAUCCAUUUCCUACGACCAAAAACGACUCGAUCUUAUAGACCUCAAUGGUUGCGUUCAUGGCGCGUUUCUCAAACUAAACCUCACCCUAACCCCAUUUCGAUACUUCUACGUCGUUCGAGAUUACAAAUACCUCAAUUGCACGUCGAAAUUGUCGUCGCCGUCGCCACCGAUACCGUGCUUGAGCCGACCUCGAGAUUACUAUGUAUAUGUGGUGAGGGAAAUGGAAGAAACACCAAGGUUUUGCAAGGAAGUGAAGAAAGUGAAGAUCCCAUUUGAGUAUAGCCCUUAUCUUGAUGAUGGUUCUUUUGGACUUUCAUUAAGUUGGGGACCUAAUGAAAGAGGGUGUCUUUAUAAAGCACCUAAUUAUGAAGUACUCGGAGUUAUCUUACUUGUAGCUAUAGUGGUAAUAUCAUCGAUGGUGAUCAUAAAGAUUUGUCACUCAAAAAAACAAAAAAUUUUGAAGGAAGAAGCUCAGAAAAAGGUGUUUGAGCAUUCGUAUGAAGCACUAAGGCCUGGAUCAGAUGAAGUUUCUGUUUGAGGUUUUGAUCGAAAAUAUACGUUUUCACGAGUUGAACUAUGUUUAAAUUGGAUUGUAAAUUUUUUUAAAGUUAUUAUUAAUACUAAUUUUGUUUAGUUUUAUGUGAA